AUGUCCCAGCUCUCUUCCACCUUGAAGCGCUACGUGGACUCUCCCCGCUACUCGGACACCUUGCCUUGCAGCAAAGCCUCCACCAGCUAUGCCACCUAUUCCUCCUACUCUUCCAAGCUCUCCUCCUCCUACUCAGACAAAGAGAAGCUCAACUACAAGCCCACCACUCCUUCCAGCUACUUGACUUCUACCCACCUGCGGACGUCGGGGGCCACCUCCUCCUCUUCCUUGAACUUUGAUGGGGGUGGGAGGCUGCUCCAGCGCCCGGACUCGGGCACCAGACUGAGCCCCGGGUACAGUCGGGUCCCUGUCCGGCCUGCCGGAGGGCUGAGUGGAGGGGCCACCUACUCCUUUGCAAACGGGCCCUCGACCAGCUAUGGCUCCACCCCACUGGGACGCAAGAAAUCCAGCAGCCAUUCCGACUUGGCCCGGGACCUCUCCUCCAUGCACCUGUCCUCAGACCCCUACCCCUCCACCUCGACCCGCAGCCCCUUCGUCACCCGCCCCCGACAAGAGCUCUGUAGCAUCCAAGGACUUUACCAGCCCAGCAGACACUCGGAUUAUGUCCAGGACUACCUGGAGUCCUACAGCCGCAAAGGGGGGCGCUCUCCGGGCCCUGGCUUGCACGGCUCCACCCCGGAAGUCAUCACCCCCACCCUGCGCCCUACUAGCCGUUGCUCUGUUCAGCAGUGGGAGUGGACUGACAGCCAGACAGACAUCCUGAGCAAGGAGAAUCCGCCAGGUAGAAUGGCCGUGAAUUCAAAAACGGUACAAGGUCUGACUGGUCUCCGAAACCUCGGGAACACUUGUUUUAUGAACUCCAUCCUGCAGUGCCUGAGUAACACCAAAGAGCUGCGAGAUUACUGCCUGCAGAGCCAAUAUGUCCGUGAUCUCAACAACAACAGCCGCAUGCAGACGUCUCUCAUGACAGAAUUUGCCAAGCUCAUCCAGAUGUUGUGGACCUCGUCUCCCAAUGAAUCCGUGAGCCCUUCCGAAUUCAAGAUGCAGAUUCAACGAUACGCUCCCCGCUUUGUGGGAUACAACCAGCAGGACGCCCAGGAAUUCCUGCGCUUCCUUCUCGAUGGGCUCCACAGUGAAGUGAACCGGGUUCUGGUCCGUCCAAAAGGCCACAGUGACAACCUGGACCAUCUACCGGACGACGAGAAGGGGAGGCAGAUGUGGAUGAGAUACCUAGCAAGAGAAGACAGCCGGAUUGGGGAUCUCUUUGUUGGGCAGCUGAAGAGUUCCUUGACCUGCAGUUCUUGUGGCUAUUGCUCCACCGCCUUUGAUCCCUUCUGGGACCUGUCCCUGCCCAUUGCCAAGAAAAGCUACGGCGAGGUGAAUUUGAUUGACUGCAUGCGACUCUUCACCAAGGAAGACGUUCUGGAUGGAGACGAGAAACCCACGUGCGGCCACUGCAAAGCGAGGACGAAAUGCAUGAAGAAAUUCAGCAUUCAGCGCUUCCCCAAGAUCCUGGUUUUACACCUGAAACGUUUCUCCGAAGCCAGGAUGCGAUCCAGCAAACUCACCACUUUUGUCAAUUUCCCACUGAAGGAUCUGGAUCUACGGGAAUUUGCCUCCCAGAGUUGCAAUCACGCAAUCUACAACCUCUAUGCCAUCUCCAACCACAGCGGGACCACGAUGGGUGGCCACUACACGGCCUACUGCAAGAGUCCCGUCUCCGGAGAAUGGCACGCCUUCAACGACUCACGCGUCACGCCGAUAUCCCUGGGCCAUCUCCGCAGCAGCGACGCCUAUCUCCUCUUCUACGAGCUGGCCAGCCCGUCUUCCCGAAUGUAGCUCCCAGGUCACGCUCCCCACCACCAC